UUCAUGCUCAAGUUGUUUCACAAUGAAGUUGCUUCAUUUCAAAGUUAGUUAUUAACCACCAACAUGUUUUUCUUGACAUCAUGUAUGAUGAACACUCUGGCUUCGUACUACCUUAACUUUGUGCUACCUUAAACACCUGAUGAAAUGAAAUGCAUCACCACUACACAGCUCUCUUCACACAAUGCCUGAAAACACAAAACCUUAACUUGGGAAAACAACUUCACUCCCACCUUAUUAAAACAUCUCUAACACUAGACACUUUCUACACUAACCGCCUAAUAGAUAUAUAUUGUAGAUGCAAUUCAUUAGAAUCUGCUCAAAAGGCAUUUAAUCAACUUCCAGCAAAGAACACUCAUUCAUGGAACACUAUCAUUUCUGGGUUUUCAAGAAUUGGGUGUUUUAAAAAAGCCCACCACUUGUUUGAUCAAAUGCCUGAACGGAAUGUUGUUAGUUAUAAUUUGUUGAUGUCUAGUUUAACCCGUCAUGGGUUUUACGGGGAAUCGGUAGGUGUGUUUAGGAGAAUGCAGGGGGAGUGUGGGUUUGGAUUUAUGGAUGGGUUUUCGUUUGUUAGCGUUGUGCAUACUUGUGCUUGUUUAGGUGAGGUGAAGUUGUUAAGGGUUGUUCAUGGAGUUGGGAUUGUGAUUGGUUUGGAGUUUGACGUCGUGGGUUGUAAUGCAUUGGUUGAUGCUUAUGGGAAAUGUGGUGAUCCGGAUCAUGCGUAUUUGGUUUUUAGUCGAAUGGUUGAAAGGGAUAUUGUGUCUUGGACUUCGAUGGUUGGUUCUUAUGCCCGUGUGUCUAGAUUAGAUGAUGCAUGUUCUGUUUUUGAUCAAAUGCCUGUGAAGAAUACAGUUUCAUGGACUGCUCUGAUUGCUGGUUUUGCACAAAGUGGACAAGGUAAGGAGGCUUUAAAUCUUUUUGAGCAAAUGCUGGACGAGGGCAUUGUUCCUAGUGCGCACACGUAUGUUAGUGUUUUGAGUGCUUGUGCAAAUUUGACACUUAUCGAAAGAGGGAAACAGGUCCAUGGGCACAUUGCUAGAAGUAUUAGUUUGAGUUUUAUAAAUAAUCUGUUUUUGUCAAAUUCUUUAAUUGACAUGUAUUGUAAGUGUGGAGAUAUGGCAUCAGCGGUCAGAUUAUUCGAAACCAGUGAAGAUAAGGACAUCAUAACUUGGAAUGCGAUAAUAACAGGAUUUGCUCAAAAUGGGCAUGGACACAAUUCACUUUCUGUUUUCCAGAGGAUGCUUAAAGCAAAAGUGAUGCCAAAUCAUGUCACUUUCCUUGGGGUUUUAUCAGCUUGUAGUCACGGGGGUCUGCUAGGUGAAGCACUUGAAAUAUUUUAUUCAAUGGAAAGAGACUUUGGUGUAAUACCAAGGCCAGAUCACUAUGCCGCCUUGAUUGAUGUACUUGGUAGGAAAAAUAGGCUCGAAGAAGCACUCGACUUGAUUUUGACAUCGUCUAAUGGCUCGGAUCAUGUUGGAAUGUGGGGUGCACUAUUAGGUGCUUGUCAGGUGCAUGGAAACUUAGCUCUUGCAGAGAGGGCGGCAAAAGCUUUGUUUGAGCUGGAACCUAAUAAUUCUGGUAGGUUUGUUAUGCUAUCUAACAUAUAUGCUUCAACUGGUAAAUGGGGUGAUGUUAGUCAGGUGAGGGAACUGAUGACUCAGAGGGGCUUACGGAAAAAUGCUGCUUUAAGUUGGAUUGACAUCAGAAACGAAAGACAUGAGUUUGUAGCUAAAGACAAAUGCCACAUUCAAAUUGAACAGAUAUAUGAAAUGCUUGAUAUACUGGUAGAACACAUGAUGGACUUUGGAUACCUAAUUCUUGCAGAUUUAAAAUUUAUUGAAUAGAUGUCCAUCUCCAGCCAUCCACCUCAAAGUCUUUGUGAUCUACCCAGAUCAGAUACCAAGGUCUACUUAAAACUCAUCUCAACAAAGUGUCAAGGAUGGUCCUUCCAAUCAAAGUUAUAGAGAUGUGGCCUGAUAUAUUACGACCAAGCUAUACUACAUUAGCACCAGAACAAUCUAAAGCUAUAGGUUAUCAGGCAAACACAGUUCCGGCAUUUGCCUUUCGUGUCAAAUAUCCAACAUCAUAAAUAGACAGAAGAAAUAAAGAAGAUAGUGGGGGAAGGAAGAAGCUGCUAGCUAUAAUGGUGUAUUGGAUUUUGGUGGAGGACAGUUGCAACCUUGUGUCUUGUCUACGUUUUACCUAAAUUCUACUGACCAUAUGUACAUGUUAGACACUUUCUUGUUCUAACUGAUUGGUAGACGAGAUUUAUAUUAUCUCAUAUAACAUUGCUUUCUAUAGGGCAUAUCAUGUCACCGUGCCCUGUGUGAGGGUUAAUCCAGAUGUAUGUCUUUAGCCUUUUACACUUGUUUUGUCAAAGGCGUGUUAAUCUCAAGUCGGUUGCAACUCUCAAACCACCCUUAAGGCACUAGUCAGAUGCAGCCUGUUCUGACUUCUGUAACAAGGUUUCAGAAGUUUUAAACAUUUUAAAGAUUUCAAAAGGUCAUGCGUGCCAGCUGUGAAACUCUUUCUCCAGAUACGUACGAUAUCAAAUUCUCAGAUUUCGUCCUUGAGAUAUGAUGAUUCUCCGUUCAGAUGUGAUAAAAAGCACAGCUUCCUCUACGCUUAUUCGUCACAAGUUUAAGGUUUUCUACUCAAGUGUUCAAACAUCCGACAAGCUGUGUAUAGUGUUCAUAUUAAUUUGGAGCUAAUGACUGGUACAUGAACACAGAGCUAAAAGGUUAUAUUAUAUAUGGAAACUUUGGGUUUUUUA